AUGAAGACCUUCCUAAGCACUCUAAUUCUCAAGAUCCUCACGCUAGUGAUACGCAGAGACAUAGCAGUCGUCGGCAAACCGACCACUUCAAUCUUCCUAAAGCCAAGCGUGGAAGCCGUCAGGGAUAUUCAAGCAACCAUUCCACCGGCAAUUGAAGAGUCGACUGUACCAGGGGUAGGAUUCAACCACUGUUGGGACGCAGCUGUUAAUAAGGACAUGCGCUGGCUCGCCGAGCAGGGUGUUUUGCUCGAGAAUUACUACGCAGUCACCCACCCAUCGCAACCCAACUAUGUUGCCGCCGUGGGAGGCGACACAUUUGGUCUACAGAACGACCGCUACCAUCGCAUCCCGGCUAACGUCUCUACCGUCAUUGAGCUCCUCGACACUAAGCAGAUCUCCUGGGCUGAGUAUCAAGAGAAUUUUUCGUACCGUGGCGUCCAAGGAGCUAAUGGAGAUGGCUAUGUGAGCAAGCAUAAUCCACUGUCCUCUUACGAUAUAAUCUCAAGAAAUGCAACCCGCAUGGCUCGGAUCAAGAAUUUCACCAGCUUCGAACAAGAUUUGGCGGGUAAAAACCUCCCUCAAUGGGCAUUCUUCACACCAAAUAUUCGCGAUGAUGGGCACGACACUGGGCUUGCCUUUGCGGGCAGAUGGCUCCAUGAGUGGCUUGGUCCCCUUAUGGAGAAUGAGUACUUUAUGAACAAGACUCUCAUAGUGGUCACGUUCGAUGAGGCUAAACAGAAUGACAUUCCUAAUAAGGUAUUCACGGUUCUCCUCGGAGGCGCCAUUCACCCCUCCCUACACGGCACCACAGACAGUAUGUACUACAACCACUAUUCCAUGCUGUCUACCAUCUCGGUGAACUGGGAUCUCCCCUCGCUCGGCCGCUGGGACUGCGAUGCUAAUGUGUUCUCUGUCCUGGCUAAUAAAGUGGGCUACAAGAACACCGACAUCUCGUACCAAGGCUUGUCGUGGAGUGAAUCCUACCCCGGGCCGCUUAACGAUGUACAAGAACUGCCCGGAUGGUGGCCGAAACCUGACACGAAAGCCAAGUGCGCAGCCGGCAGAGGCGUCUUGGGAUCUGUCAAGUCACUGUGGGGCAGGUCUAGGGGGUCAUACAACUACACUAAUGUCUAUCCCUAUGACGACAAUUACCAAGCCACAAAGGGGCGUAUUCCGGCUGUUGGGGUUAAUGAUGCUUCUUCAUCGAUUAGCCCAUCCAAUGCCGCGCCGAGUCAAACUGGUUCCGCUAGCAGAAGCAAAAGCAGCGGCUCUCUAACAAAGACUGUCCCUAUUUCCUUAGCACCGCUGCUCUUGGGUAUCGCGAUAGCUGCGCUUACGUGA